GGCAGCACUGCCACUCGGCGACUCGGCCUUGACUUCCAAGCGAGACUAACCGGACUAACCACGGGUCUCGGUCUCUCGGAUCGAUACCCCUCCACGGUGUCGGCCGCGAGUUCUUGGUUUCUCGCUGGAUUCGCUGGGGCGAGCGUAUUAUUCGGGCCAGCGCGAUGCAGCAGCAAGGCUUCGAUAUGCACAAGCUAGAACAUGAGGUGAAGACCCGCUGGCUAAAGCCUCACGAAGUUCUGAAGAUAUUACAGAAUCAUGAGUGGUUCACGAUCACAUAUAAGCCUCCUCAUAAGCCACCGAGUGGUUCUUGGUUUCUUUACAACCGUAGAGUACUUCGGUAUUUCCGAAAUGAUGGACACGAAUGGCACAAGAAGAAGAAUGGGAAGACAAUUAAUGAAGCCCAUGAGCACCUUAAGGUUGAUAACGUGGAAGCACUGAAUUGCUAUUAUGCUCGUGAAGACAAAAAUCCUGCAUUUCAGAGGCGGAUAUAUUGGAUGCUUGAUCUGGCUUAUGACCACAUUGUUCUUGUCCACUAUAGAGAUGUUCUAGAGGGCAGCAUUUCAGUAUCAGCACGAAAUGAUUCAUCAACAUCGAAUCAGAAUGGCAGUGCUAGCAGAGCUGAAGUACACAGUUCACCUGGUUGGACUAGCAAGUCAAUUGCACCAUGUCCCAAUUCAUGCAGUCCAGGAUCUGCGGAAGAAGUUAGUUCUCAGACUGUGACCAUAAACAGUGAAGCAAAUAAUACAAGUGAAUCUGAUUGGAUUCAACAUAAGGCAGCCUUGCGGAAGCUUAAAAUGCAGCUGAGUCUGGAAGACAAAGAAGAUUGCGAUGUUAACGCCAAGGAAAUUCCGUCAGAUAAUGAGCCUAUUCUUGUGCAUGGGAUUCAGAAUGGGGAGCCAGACACUUGUAGAGAUCUUGUGGAUAUCUUUAAUGGACUGGAGUUUUGUAAAGAAACUGGAACUGGUCCAUUUCCAAGUGCUAUUGAUGUGCUGAAAAAUUCAGACACAUGGUUGGAGGAGGAUCAACUUGAAGCAAUUCUGCAUCCAGCUUCUACGACAGUGACUGAAAACCAAUGGUUCCGUAUUCAUGAGGUUUCUCCAGAAUGGGUGUUUUGUUCCGAAAGUACAAAGGUUAUCAUUGUAGGAGACUUCCUUUGCAAUCCUUGCCACAGUUCAUGGGCAAUGCUGUUUGGUGAUGUCAAGGUGCCUGUGGAAAUUGUUCAGCAAGGUGUCAUCCGUUGCCAUACUCCACGCCUUGAUGCUGGAAAAGUGGGAAUGUGCAUGAUUGAUGGGAACGGGAAACCCUGCAGUGAAGCAUGGGAAUUUGAAUUCCGUGAGAAGGCUACCAACAUCAUGAUGGAUGGGAAUGGGAAACCCUGCAAUGAAGCACGAGAAUUCAAAUUCAAUCAGAUACCUACCAAAAGCAGUGAUGAACUAUUGCUGCUCCUCAACUACGUGCAGAUGCUUUUUGAUGGUCAUGGUUGUGGACUAUUUUCAGAAUUUAUCUCGUCACUCCCAAAUCCUAACCGUGGAUUCCAAGUUAACUCUACGGAAGUUAUGAAGAAUACAUGUGAGCAUCUGGACCAUGUGAUUGCAGUAAGUCGUGUCAUGGAAGUACUGCUUAAUGACAAGUUUGAGCAAUGGCUAUCAUCCAAAUGUGAACAGAAUAGUGAAGGAGAUCAUUUCCUUCCUAAGCAACACCACAGUGUUAUACAUACGAUUGCUGCCUUGGGUUAUGACUGGGCUUUGAAGCCACUGCUUCGUUCUGGAGUGCCUAUAAACUACCGUGAUGCAAAUGGAUGGACUGCUCUACAUUGGGCUGCACGUUUUGGCAGGGAAGAGAUGGUGGCAGUUCUUCUUGCUGCCAGCGCUGCGCCUGGUGCUCUGUCACAUCCCACAUCAGAAGAUCCCGCUGCUAAAACACCUGCUUCAAUAGCUUCUGCAUAUGGUUUCAAGGGCCUCUCUGCGUUCCUUUCAGAAGCAGAGUUAACAACUCAUCUUCAUUCCCUCGAAUCAAAAGGAAAUGAAAACUGCAAAGACCUUGCUACUGGUGGUGGAAUACCUAGUGCUGUGGACAGAAUAUCAGACAAAAGCACCGAUGUGCAUGGCGGAACUGAUGAUCAACUUGCGCUUAAGGAUUCCCUUGGAGCUAUCCGUAAUGCUGUUCAAGCUGCAGGGUGCAUACAAUCUGCCUUCCGUGUGCUCUCCUUUAGGAAAAAGCAAGAGAUGGCUCUUCAGAAUGGAAAUAGCUGCAUCCUUUCCAUUGCUGUUUCACAUGGUAUGCUUGAGAAAGCUGCAUUAUCUAUCCAGAAGAACUUCAGGCGCUGGAAAAAACGUAAAGAAUUCCUGAAGCUGCGAAAAAAUGUCAUCAAGAUACAGGCAAGGGUGAGAGCUCAUCAAGAAAGAAAGAAAUAUCGGGACUUACUUCGAAGUGUUAGCAUCCUUGAGAAGGUGAUGCUAAGAUGGUACCGAAAAGGCGUUGGUUUGCGAGGAUUCAAUUCUGGGGAGAUGCCAAUUGAUGAAGAAGUGGAAGAAGAUGUAGUCGAGGUUUUCCGGAAGCAAAGAGUGGAAACAGCUAUUAACGAAGCUGUUUCAAGGGUAUCAUCUAUCAUUGACAGUCUUGUUGCAAGACAGCAGUACCGAAGGAUGCUCGAAAUGUACCAACAGGCAAAGGACGACCAUGAAAAGUAGUAGAGGCGGCGCUUGUGUUAAGCCAACAAUGAAGAGCGAAGCACAAGCCAGCUACUAUUCAGUUAUCUCCCUUGUUAAAUGAUCUGAACAGCAGUUGGCUGGGUGGACGGUAAAGCCUUGGUGAUCAUUCAGAAUGGUCAGUGGAUCCUGAGAAAAACAGAAGAUUCUUUCGGUGAUCCAGUACCACCGCGAAUUCAUGCUGAAAGCUGUUUUGAGUGUACAAAGCAACGUCAUGUGCUAGUGCAGUGACUGGCAUUUGGCUACAAGUUCAGAAAGGUUCAAGGACUUUGUAGACGAAGCUUCGAGAACCUUAUUGACACGCCAGAUGUACCAUCUUCACACGGUAGGUUUGUAUAUGGUAGUAAAUAUGAGAUAGCUACGCUGUAGUACAAUAAAUCUUAAAGAGGAAGCUCAGUUGCCAUUUGCCGGAGAGAAAUAUUAUCUUUUACACGU